UUCAUGAUGUUGUGCUGGUAAGAGGAAAUGCUGGUCCACUAGGCAGAGCAGCUCUGUACCAUUCAAUGCGUGGGAUCAAUAUGGAGUUAAUACCUAGUAGCUCUUUUGUUGGGAUGCAACUGUCAUUCUGACCGAAGCCAACUACCUUCACUUAUGGCCAGUGUGGAAAGAAAUAACAAAAUCCUGCUCAAUUUGGUGCGACAGCCAGGCAACCACCUGUGUGCUGACUGUGGAGUUCCUGAGCCUGACUGGGCCUCCUACACUCUUGGUAUCUUUGUGUGCCUAAACUGCUCGGGGAUUCAUCGUAAUUUGCCUGCUGUCAGCAAAGUGAAAUCCUUACGCCUGGAUCUCUGGGAUGACUCACUAGUAGAGUUCAUGCAGGAGAGAGGAAACACUGCAGCCAAAGCCAUUUAUGAAAAGUGUGUCCCUGCCUUCUUCUAUCAGCCGCAACAAAAAGACUGCAUUGUUCUUAAGGAUCAAUGGAUCCGUGCAAAGUAUGAAAGAAGAGAAUUCACAGGAGAAAACUACUUUCAGCAAACGUAUUGCUCAGACCUGUUUGAGUCAACUCUAUGGAAGAAGGGCAAAGACAACAAGCAGUUUUUAAAGAGGAUCUUCCUGCUGUCCCGGAAAGACUUUACGCUCAGAUACUUUAUUAAAGAGGAUUCCAAGCUCCCAAAAGUUGUCAUCUCCAUGAAGGACCUGAAUGCAGUUUUCCAGCCAGAGAAGAUCAGGCACACUAACGGUCUGCAGAUCUCCUACAUGCACGGCGAACGUACAAGGAAUCUGUUUGUUUAUCACGAGAAAGGACAGGUAAUUGUAUCCUUGUUCAAUGCUAUUCGGGCAACACGCUUGGCAUACCUCCAGAAGAAACAUCCCACUCUUCGAGAUAAUGACUUAAUACCUCAGAUAACGAGAUAUUGCCUGAAGGAGGGAUACAUGGAGAAAACUGGCCCAACGCAUCGGGAGCCAUUCAAGAAGAGAUGGUUCACACUGUGCUGCAUGAACAGAAAGCUUCUGUAUUAUAAAGGUCCACUGGAUGCGACAGAGCUGGGUGCUGUCUUCAUUGGCACAGAGAGCCACAGCUACUCUGCCUCAGAGAGCAACGGGCGGAGCACGAGGGGAGGCCGGUGGAACUGUGGCAUCAUGCUGCAAACUCCGGACAGGCAGUAUUUGUUUAUGUGUGAGCAGCAGCAGGAGCAGCAGGAGUGGCUGGAGGCCUUCAGAAAGGUCAUCUCUCAACCCAUGACCUCAGAGGACUACGCUAAUGAAGCCAACAUGAGAAGAGGGAAAUGAGUGGAGCAGUUCUACCUGUUGGUUUUGUUUGCUCAAGUUUAGUUUUGGGACAUAACAGACUGAACCUGGCAGAGAGGAUAUAAAAACGACAAAUGAUCAACUCCAACAUUUCGCACAGACUUCAGUGUCUGAUUAAACCUUGUGUGUCUCCUUGUGACACCUUGGAGAAGUUACUGUCACAGCUGGGAUGUUCCUGCUCAUCAGUAGCUUGAAUGUAUUGCAUUGUUGUUGCCACAGUGACAUCACAUCUAAGAAUUAUUUGCAAUAUAUUAUGAAUACACUUGAACCAAAUAUUAUAUAUAUUUUUUAAAGAUAUGGUAAGGGAUUUUAAGAUUUUAUGUAUAAUUUGCAAUUGUUCUGUAGUUAUUUUGUUUUUUACCUUUCACUUAAUUUGUACAUUUCAAAAAGAUUAGGUUAAUUUAUUUCACACUCUGUUUAGUUUCAGCUGUCUGUAUAGCUGUGUGAGACUGAAAGCUCUUUAUAAUUUUAAUAAAUUGAUAACACAAUGGA